AUGAAGUGCGUGCUGCUGGUCGUAGUUGUUCUGUUUGUGGCGUUGCCGACGCGUGCAGAUUGGUUUGAUUCGUGUGAUCGCCAGUUUCAGUUGACCAACAUCGCAGAUGUGACACUCAACUCUCCCUUCUUCCCGUCCAACUAUCCUGCCGGAAGCUCGUGCCGGUUCGUGAUUCGUGCUCCACCCGGGUACACGAUACAGGCAUCAUGUACUCUAAACAUGGGCACCACAAGCGGUUGCACAACGGAGUUUCUGUACAUUUCCACCGAGGGGUUCACGUCACCGGUUGGGAGUGAAUAUUUCUGCGGCAAGGGGACUGUCAGUCGACAGUCGCUGUUUAACAAAUUGACCAUUUCGUACAUUUCGGCAAGUUCCACCAGUUCCGGUUCGUUUACGUGCCGGCUGGUGGUGCAACCGCAAGCUUGCGAUUGUGGCUGGUCUAAGCUGCCGAAGGUCGUUGGAGGUUCGGAGGCAUCCAUCAAUGAGUUCUCCUCGAUGGUGGGUCUACUUGAUCCGUUGACGGUGAACGUAUUUUGUGGUGGUGUUAUCAUUAGUUCCCGGUACGUUCUGACCGCUGCGCACUGUACGCAAACCAUUCCGGGCGUAAGUCGUGUGCAGGCCCUCGUAGGUGAUCAUGACUAUCGUACUGGACUCGAGACGCCCUACUCCGCGAUCUACAACAUCGAACAGAUCAUUACCCAUGAGUCAUACAACGAGCAGAACCGGGACAACGAUAUCUCGAUCCUCAAAACGACAGCUGAAAUCGAUUUCAACCGUGCAGUAGGACCGGUGUGUCUACCCUUCUUGUACAACUCAUACGACUUCGGUAGUCUUUUGAUCGAUGUCGUCGGCUGGGGAACGACAAGCUUCGGUGGACCGAUGAGUACGGUGCUGCGGAAGGCAACCCUCAACGUUGUACCGAGCGGUACCUGCAACGCACCGUACAUCAAUGGGCAGAAAAUAUGCACCUUCACCGCUGGCCGCGACUCGUGUCAGUACGAUUCCGGCGGUCCACUGUACCUGCGCGGUAGCCAGCGGGUUUACACGAUCGGGAUCAUCAGCUAUGGGUCAGCAUGUGGCGCGGCUUCGCCAUCCGUAGGCACACGCAUCACCUCGUACCUGAACUGGAUUCGACAAAAAACACCCGAAGUAUCGUAUUGCGUCAAAUAA